GUCCUUGUGUGGCCUCCGAACUCCCCGGACCUCAACCCUAUUGAGCCCUCUUGGAGAGGGAUUAAGUUCUCUUGGAAAAAACAGAGGGUUCCAAAGUCAAGGCCGGCUCUUGAGAAAGACUGGAGCACGCAGUGGCGUGAUUAUCUACAGGAAAAGCUGCGCCGGCUUGUAGAGCGAAUCCCCGGGAAUGUCAGGUGGGUGAUCCGACUUGCUGGUGGUAAU